UUUAAUUAUCAGAGAAAGUCAAAAGUUCAAUUUGCGUACGUAGAGGUCCGUAAAUAUUGUAUAGGCCGUUAAGAUUUCGGUAGAUAAUCUGGAAAUAUUACAUAAAUCUUGUAUACGAUCUCAUUUCUCAAACGUACAGCAAGUUGUGAGGGAUCAGCUGAUAAGUUAAGAUACCCUAUACACGCAAUCUUACAAGGAUAUUCAUUUGAAACAGGCAGAUCAUUUCGUGGAAGCAUUCGCAAACAGCGAACGCUUGAAAAAUAUACUCGGUACUUUUUCAAUUAUUAAAAAUGAAUGAUCUUUUCUUGAGCCCUGAGCAUGUGCUCCAAGGAGGAUACUUCCAUGCAACCUUGCGAAAACUUCAAGAACCAAAUACGAGCAUUGAACCACACAAUAUUAUGUAUCCAGUAUUUUUAUUAGAAGAUGAAGAUGCCCUACAGGCUGUAUCGAGCAUGCCAAAUGUGUUCAGAUAUGGUAUAAACAAGCUGAUUCCAGCUCUCACUGAACUAGUAGAGAGGGGUCUCAAGUCUAUACUCAUUUUUGGAAUUGUUGAAACUUUGCCUAAGGACCCCACAGGUUCAAGUGCAGACUGCUCCGAGAACCCAGUAAUCAAAGCGCUGCCGAAGAUCAAGGCAGCUUUACCAAACUUGCUCAUUGCAUGUGACGUCUGCCUGUGUCCAUACACCUCGCAUGGUCACUGUGGACUGCUGGAUAAUGGCGUGAUUGAUCAUGCUGCCUCGGUGAAACGGAUUUCGGAAGUUGCGCUGGCUUAUGCUAAGGCAGGAGCGCACAUAGUGGCCCCUUCAGAUAUGAUGGACAACAGAAUAAAAGCAAUAAAAGAUACUCUUGUGGCUAACAAGUUGCAGAAUCAGGUAUCAGUGCUGUCCUACUCAUGUAAGUUCGCAUCGUCAAUGUACGGUCCGUUCAGAGAUACAAUGAAGAGCUCCCCCAUGGCUGGAGACAGGAAGUGCUACCAGCUGCCACCCGGGAGCUCCGCCCUCGCGGCUAGGGCUGCGGCCCGUGACGUAGCAGAAGGCGCUGACUUCCUGAUGGUGAAGCCUGGUCUCCCCUACUUGGACAUCGUACGGCAGACAAAGGAUAGUUAUCCGACCCAUCCAUUGUUUAUUUAUCAGGUAUCAGGUGAAUACGCGAUGAUAUCUCGCAGCGGAGACAGCAAGGAAGUGGAGACGAUACUCAUGGAGACCCUCUUGUGCAUGCGCAGAGCUGGUGCGGAUUGCAUUAUCACAUACUUCGCGCCGUUAAUUUUAAGCAUAAUAUCGAAUAAGCAGUGAUUUUUCUCGAAGUUUCAAAGAGAAGAUUGUUAGUUAACUGUCUUCAAAGGGGUUUCGUCAAUUCUUUUUAUUAUAAUGGUGUACUUAAAAUAAUUCGUACUUUUGGAAAAAAACUGUUUAUAAAAUCGUACUACAUGUGGCCAUUGAUAUGUAUAAAGUCACUCCCUUUUUAUUUUAUCUUUAAAGUUUGCCAAAACUAUGAAUUAACUUUUUGAAGUGAAACUUCUUUAUCGGGGUUGGAAAAAUAGUGUAACAUUUUUUCGUUA